AUGUAUGCAAGAAGAGCUACGAACGAUCUUCACAGAUUGAUGAAGGCAUUUAAAGCGGAUGAGUGGAUUGUACACCUUGAAGACAUCUUUGGCAUACUGGAGUGCACGGAUGAUCAGAAAGUCAAGUUGGCGGUGUUCAAACUAUCUGGUGACCCUAAGUUAUGGUGGAAGGGAGUGGAAAGACUCCGCACAGCAGAGAGUCCUCCUUUGACGUGGCAGCUGUUCAAGGAUUUGUUCAAUGAGAAGUAUUUCCUCACACAUGUUCGGAAUAGUUUGGCUGGAGAGUUCAUGGAUUUGAAGCAGGGAAACAUGAUUGUGGCUCAGUAUGAAUCCAAAUUCUCCCAGUUGGGCCACUAUGCUCCACACAUGGUAGCGACGGAAGAAUUGAAAGCAGACAAGUUUGUUAGAGGUCUUCGAACAUUUUUGAAGAAUAAGGUGUCACUUUUCGAGUUGAAGACUUUUGCAGUAGUGGUAGGAAAGGCGUAUGCCAUGGAAAAGGGGGACAAUGAGUUACAAUCUGUUAGAGCUCAGCAGAACAAGAACCGUAGCAGUGGCUCUAAGGCUCAAGCUCCACCAGGGAAGAAGCCGAAGGUUCAAGGCACAUCAACAAAUGUUCAGAGUCAGCACCCUAUUUGUACUCACUGUGGUAAACGUCACGGAGGGACUUGUUUCAAGCUCACCAAUGUAUGUUUCAGCUGUGGACAGCACGGACACCGGGCUAGCGAAUGUCCAAAUCUAAAGAAGACAUUUCAGCAAGACAAACUUUAA